GUUGUGCAUCACCUCAGGACCAUCACAACCCAAAGCCUGAGCUGAUCCUUGUUGUCACAUGGUCUCAUCUCACCUGCUUCAUUACAGACACAGCAGUCCGUUACUCCACUAAUGGAGGUCCUCCUGCUGUUUUAACGGCUGGAAUCUGAGUUUCUAACUCUCUCUUCACUUCACUCCAAGCGUCUCUACAAUGAGUUGUUGCUGCAUCAGCUCUAGUUUCAGUCCAGCAGGAGGCAGUCUGGUGUUCAGACAACCACUCAUAAAGGCACAGAGUAACAAACACAUGAAACAGACGGUUCAGCUUUUUUUCUUAGAGACAUUCAAAUGUUAGUUAUUGGAGCUUUAACUGUACUUGUGUGGGAUGUGUCCCUGAAGGCAUCGUGCUGGUGUUUCUCUUUAGGCUCUCGUACCCGACACGUCUGAUGAGCGUCACUGUUGUGACCUUUGCAUCUCUGUGGUUCCAGUGUGCAGCUGCCGUUCAGCUGCGACUUCAUCACAGCCACUUGUUCAGACUGGUACCAGUGGACCGUGGGCUGAGGACAGAACCAGCAGUCCGGACCAUGACUUUCAACGCCUCCACCUCCUCGUUGCUUCCUCCUUUCCUCAUUUGCUUCAGCGCUAGAACAGGCUUUCUCCUCUUCAGCUCCUUCGUCUUCAGCUACGUCCUCUUCCUCCCGCUCUUCUUCUUCAUCAUCUUUCUGGCCGUCCGGCAGUGGAGGGAGCAGCGCCGCAGGUCGACGGCAGCGAGGACGACCCACUCCGACUUCUUCACCUACAACGUGGUGGUGCUGGAGCUCGUGUGUGUGUUGGGGUUUUGCCUUCUUUGUGCUGGUCUCUGCAUCGAAGGCCAGAUCGUACAACUGGUCGCUGUGUUCUUCAUCUCCAUCCCCACACCCACACACAUUCUGUUCCACCUGCUCACCUGUGUGGAGCGGUACCUGGCUGUGGUUCAGCCCAUAAGCUUCUCUGUUCUCUGUGUUUUGCACCAGUCGGGACCAGGACGGGUCAGCAGAGACAGGAAGCAGGUCGAUCAGACCAGGCAGAGGGCCUUUAACACCAUUGCUGCCAUAAUGCUAGCGCAGUGCUACUGUGUGGUAGGAAUAUCUGCGCUGUGGCUGGGCUUUCCCUGCAGCCUGGUGCUUCGGCUGCUGUACCUGCAAAGAGCUGGGAAACUGCCAGCGCGAAGACUGAAGCAGGUGUAG